UUAUAUUACCAUGUUCUAACACGCUGUACAUGGUUAGCAGUAACUGCUUAAUCAACCCUACAAGUUUACAAGAUUUCUACAUGCUUAUAUAAUAAUCUUGCUGGGAUAUUUUGCUACUAAUUAAUAAAUUCAGGUUAUCUGUUGCUGAAGUCAGAGAGAUGGUAAAGAUACUUUCCUAGUCAACAGUUUGAUGUGCUAACAUCUGGACCAUAAGUGGAUUGGCAGCUCAGUGCUCACAAGACAAUGUGGCUUCCAUCUUGUAAUGGUGAUCAAUAAGAGUGUAGAUAAAGAAGGAAUCACAAAGACUUACAAGUGUAUUAGCCCCGUAUAGAGCUGUUAAAUAUCUACAACCACCAAAUAUAGAAAAUUAAAAGUGAGGUUAAUACGUACUCCACAUCCUCCAGUUAUUAUGUUCAGUGAUUACUGUUUCCAAUAUUGAUCACUUUUCUAUCAUGUGUGUAUAUGUUGUGUUUGAGGCUAGAAACAAAAAAAUGAUUCCUGUGAACUGGAUGUGUAAAUUAAAAAGAUCUAGCGACAGAAAGUGUUUUCAAUAAACACCUAACAGCCUGAUUUCACUAUAAUUUUGAUAAUUGUCAGCAGAAAUUUGCAGGAAUAAACGGCUUACGGAAGGUUGGAAUCAGUAAUGACAUCAUAUAGUUUGUUCAUGGUAUUGGAUUCUCAUCUCACGCAAGCUGUUCCCUCCCUCGAGUUUUGACUUUACUAUUCUAUGUGUUAAGUGUGAAAUAUAUCAGCUUUAUUCUCAAUGGCCUACCAUGGGGAUUAUAGUCAACCAAUAAGAUUCCCCCUUCAAUCAACUAUUCUAUUUGAUAGCCACAUAAUUUCAAUAGACUGAUAUGGAAAUGAGUGAGAUGGGAUCACCACGUUGUCGUAACCCCUCCGAUUCGGAGCCCAUCAACCCGUCUGCUGUCGCUUGGGAUGAGUAUAAACCCGUCAUAUCUCAAAUGGACAAAUUUAUAGAGACACAACAUCGACAAAGAUUAAAGAAUAAUGUCCGUGCCACGUUACAGAAUAAAAUGUACAACUUUUUGGAGAGACCUACGGGAUGGAAGUGUUUUGUUUACCAUUUCACUGUCUUUAUGAUGGUGCUAAUUUGUCUUAUAUUCAGUGUUCUGUCAACAAUAGAUCAAUAUACAGAUUUUGCAAAUGAAACUUUAUUUUGGAUGGAAAUAGUGCUGGUAGUUUUCUUUGGCUUGGAGUAUGUUAUCCGGCUUUGGUCAGCUGGAUGUCGCAGCAAGUAUAUGGGCCUUAGAGGUAGAUUCCGAUUCGCUCGGAAGCCAAUUUCAAUAAUUGAUUUUUUAGUUGUUGUUGCAAGUAUAGUAGUUUUAUCUGUUGGUUCUAAUGGUCAAGUGUUUGCCACCUCAGCCAUCAGGGGUGUUCGAUUUCUACAGAUUUUACGUAUGUUACAUGUAGACAGACAGGGUGGAACAUGGAGGUUAUUAGGUUCCGUAGUAUAUAUACAUAGACAGGAGUUAAUAACAACGUUAUAUAUAGGUUUCCUUGGGCUUAUAUUUUCUUCCUACUUUGUAUAUUUAGCAGAAAAAGAUGCCGUCUCGGCAGAUGGGUCAACAGAUUUUACAAGUUAUGCUGAUGCCCUUUGGUGGGGGGUGAUAACUGUUACAACCAUAGGCUAUGGUGAUACAGUCCCUAAAACAUGGAUGGGACGAAUUGUGGCUUCCUGUUUUUCUGUCUUCGCAAUUUCAUUCUUUGCCUUACCAGCAGGUAUUCUUGGAUCUGGUUUUGCCUUAAAAGUACAACAAAAACAGAGGCAAAAACAUUUCAAUCGACAAAUUCCAACAGCAGCUACACUGAUUCAGUGUUUAUGGCGAUGUCAUGCAGCAGAAGCUGGCUUUGAUUCACUGGCAACAUGGCAAAUACAUGUACAAGAUAAAGGUCACCAUUAUAAAACCAAACAUCCACUAUACCAGAAUAGUUCCAAUCAAUCAACAUUUUCUCGAUUUAAUCGUAGACCUAGUCUAUUUAAGAAGAAACGAAGUAUUAAAAGUGCAAAUAGUUUAGAGCGACAGGAGAGCAGUAAUAGUAUUGUAGCAUAUACAGAUCAGACCAUUAAUAAACCAGGUACACCAACUAAAUCAGUAUCAGAAUCUUUAGAUUUAACAGAUGGUAAUAAUGUAGAUGAUGUUUAUGAUAAUGAUUUUGUUUAUAAACCAACAAUUUUAAAUGAAAAUCAUAAAGUUAUAAUCAGAGUUAUAAGAAAAAUUAAAUUUUUUGUAGCAAGAAGAAAAUUUCAACAAGCAAGAAAACCAUAUGAUGUUCGAGAUGUGAUCGAACAAUACUCUCAGGGUCAUUUAAAUAUGAUGGUUAGAAUCAAAGAAUUACAAAGAAGGUUGGAUCAAACAAUAGGUAAACCAGCUUAUUGUAGUAAUAUAAAAGAGAAAGAGAAGAUGACUCUAUAUUCUAGAAUUACAAGGGUAGAAACUCAGGUUAAUAAGUUAGAUAAUAAAAUGGAUCAGGUGUUAAUUCUGUUAAAGAUAUUGGUUAAAUCUCAGAACCAAUCGGCAGCAGAUAUAGUGUAUGAUGAUGUAGAUGAUGAUGAUGACCAAUCCUAGCACACAUAAUGGUUUAUCAUGAGACUUUACAAAAUAAAGGGAGAUAACCAUUAAAGACUGAGCAUGUUCAAGAACGGGUGUACAGCUUUAUAUCAUUAAUCAUAUAAAUACUGAUGAUCACAAAUGAUAUGAUGAAGAUAUGCUGUGGUUAUUUUUAAUAAUAGAUAUUUAACUGAUUAAUAAUGAGUGACAAUAAAUUGGAAAGCUGACUGAUUCUGUGGAACACUUAUAAUAUCAAGAUGUGCGUGUGUGUGACAAACAACGAGAUUGACAGAUGUACAUUACCUUUAUUGUGUAUUAGAUAAACUAUCUCGUCCUCCAUUCAAAAAACAAAUGGCUAUUUCAACUUAUCAGAAGGAUUAACAAAAGAUUUACAGAAAUAUUACUAGUCAAUAGAAAUAGACACAAAAAAUAGAUAAGUAUAAAAACUCUAGAGUCAGUACAUUAUACUCGUGCAGUUGUUACAAAAAUUCAGUACAAAAACCCCACAGUGUCAAUACAUUCUUUGGAUAUAAAAUUCAGUACAAAAAACCCACAGUGUAAGUACAUACAGUAAAAAUAAACAGUUAUAGUACAGCUAAUGUCACAUUUCUACAAUGGUUAAUAUUAUAUAAGGUGUCUGAAAUCCAAAGACAUGAACAUAUAUAGUACUUGACAUGAUGGUUUGUAAACAAUAUAUAUAUAUAUAUAUAUAUAUAUAUACCGGUAUAUAGAAGAUUUAAUUAAACUCCCUCUAUAUACUGGAUAAUAUAGUUCUAUGUGGUGCAACUAACAUAUUGUUUAAGUACUUAUAUCAUAUAUUUACAAAUACUGUACAAAUGAUGAAUUAAUUAUACAUACACUAUAAAGCCACUUUAUAAUAGUCUCACUUUCAAUGUUGCUACAAAAAUGUCUAACAAUUUCUAGUCUAAAACAAUUGUAAAAUAAUAUAUAAGAUAGAGAUUACAGUAUUAAAAGAAAUAUGAGAAGCCCACAGCACUGUAUAUAUAUAUAUAUAUGCAAGAUGCAAGCAUUACAAACUAGAAAUUAUUCAAACCAAAGCACCCCUUUUAUGCAUUUUCACCAUUUUAAGGCACAUUAUCAUAAUGGCAUAUCAACCUCAUACAUGUACCUGUAUAUUGUAUUAAGUAAACCACCCAAAAGGCAUUUUUAUGGAAGAGUGAAUUUUUGUUUGUUUUUUUUUUUAAAAACAGGACCUUUGUCUCUAUGUACCGGUAUAUCAGAUUGUAAUUUUAUAAUAUCAAACUAAAUAGUUGUGCUUACAAUUCUUUAAAAUAGUGCAAAUAUUAUAUCUUCUAGUUGGAUAUUAGGCUAACACAAUCUAAUACUCCUUUUUACUACUGUUUGUUGGGGGGUUUCCAUUAACUUUAGACAGAUUCAGAAAGAUCUACCUUUAUAUAAUAGAAAACACAUUCUUUUAUGUUUCAAAAAAGUACUACUUGCUAUGUAAAUGAUCAAAAAUACGAAGAAUGGCAAAUUGUUGUUAAUACAUGUACAUGUAUAUUGUAUAAGGUAUGUACUAUUUUUAUUAUUUGUUGAAUCUCAGUUAAGUUUCACAUCACAUAGUACAGGUAUUAAAUACUGUCUGCUUAUUAAGUUUUUUGUAUGUCAUUGAAGAUAUCUUUCUGAAACUAUGUAUACAUAUCAGUCUAUUAUAGCUGUUGUGAAAUUUGUUCCAUUAGCCAAAUCUUGAUGGAAUAAUUUUUGUGUUUCGAUGGAAACGUUGUAAACAUACCAAUCUAUUAUAAUAGUCGUGCCUUUUGCUUAUUAGUAUUGGAAACAAAUCUUACUUUGGUAUUCUAUUACUUUAUGUAUAAUUUAUCAGAAACUGUGAACUAUAUUUUUUACAGAAUUCUAUGCAGACAUUAAUAUAUUACAAAAGUAUAUACCUUUUGCUGAUUGUACAAUUCUCAAUUGAAGAGUUUGUGUGUUUUUACUUAGGAUUAAGUACAUAAUUAUCAUUUCAGAUAUCUCUAUACAAAUGACAAAAACUAUCUUGAUUAAUCUUUGUACAAAUAUCAACUCAAUAUCAAAUGAUUGGUUGCCAGGCAACAAAACAUAUACCCACAGCAGCUAAUUCAUCCAAGCAGUCCACAAUUGUUGUCGCAUAUUCUUUUUUGUUGGUAAUGAAAACAUUUACAACCCAUUAAGUAAUUAUCAGAAAUAAUAGAAUUGUUUUGGCUUGAAGUAGUUCUUCCUGAUAACUUUUAUUAUACAAAAUAUGUGUAAUAUGAUGAACUUAGCUGUUCAAGUUAUCGAAAUCGUUGAAAAGCGUGAGACUUCUUGCUCUCAUGAAUGUGGACACUUUGUUUUAAAGCCAAUGUGAUGAUCAAUAGGCUUCUUCAUCUCAUGACCGUAACCACGUUAUGUAUGUUUAAAGUCAAUCGGUUGAUAGCUCUGGUCUCUAUAGUACCCACAAGAUUUUUAAAAUUGAUCGAGGGACAUAAUUCUGACAAUAAUUAUUGGAAAUCAUUGAAAAUCAACAGGCUUCUUUGUCCGAUGACCUUAAACACUGUGUAUAAAUUUAAAGUUAAUCGGGCAAAGACUUGAGGCUUCAGGGUGUCCACAAGCAAUUGUGGAUGCCAGACAUUUCAAUGUGGGCCUAUAAAAUUAGAUGUGCCUUUUGCAAAUUAAUAAUAUUCUAACGAAUAAUGUAGAUGUGUUAAACCUAUUACCAUGACUUGGUUAUAUUAUAUGGAUUUUCUUCCUUUAUCUAUAUGACAUUUAAAAACAUUUCUAAACAAUUUUAUAUACAAACUUGUAAGAUUCAUAUAUCUAGGGCUGAAUAUAUAACUUUUCUGUCUUUUGAAACCUUUAAAGUGUAAUUCUAAAACAAAUAGUAAUUUGUAACCAGAGAGAGAGAGAGAGAGAGAGAGAGAAAUGGGGUUUAACGUCCACUCAACACAAACUAGGUCAUUUCGGGACUAACAUAUGGUUCAAUUUUAUUUCAAUAAUUCGCUUGCGCGUAGGAGGGCUUUAGCAGUGGGAAGAAACCUGAAGACCCGGAGAAAACCCACGAGUUUGGACGGGUGAUCCUACUCCUAGUCACGUACAACCGGGGAAUCAAAACCAUGCCAGUUGACUCAAUGACAGGCCUUAUGAUACAGCGCGCACAUGCUAACCAUUCGGCCAUCCAACCCCCCCAAAGGCCUUAGAAACGUGUUGGGAUUUUGUCCAUAUGAAUGCUGCCAAGAACCAAAUCAUUAUUAAAACAUUUGUAUAAAUGUUUAUGUAUUGUUCAUAAUUGCAUCUAUGAAUAUUCAAUCAUGUCAUAUGUAACCUAAAUGACAUGAUCUUCCAUUUUGUCAAUAAAAUUUGAUACUCGCUCACUCUCUGUCUCUCAUAUUUUCAGACCUUAUGAUACAACACACACAUGCUAAUAAUUCAGCCAUCCAAACCCCGCAAUUUGUAACCAGGUAGAAUGAUUGUGAUGUCUGAUACUAUUUGCUAUACAUCUUACUAGUAACUAGUAUUUUGUUGGUGAUUACCAAUAACAGUGAGAUUACAUAUCCUUUUACCAAAACAACGUGUACAACCUAGGGCGUGGAAUGUUGUUUUUACAUGUAACCUGUACUAUAUAAGUGCUGUGAAACAAGAUCUAUUUAGAUGUAUGUACACCAUUCACUUUGUAUAUAUAUAAAUAUAUAUUGUUUUUGUUAUAAUAUUUAUUUAGAAUAUACUUCUGUGAUAAGUAUAGCAUAAUAACAUGAAUAUUGUAGUGUACUCAUUUUUUAACUACAGAGAAAUAUUAUUAUCAUGCACAUUAUACUUUGUGCAAAAUUUGUUAAAUUAUUUUUUACUAGAUUUUUUUAGCACUUUUAAAACAUAACUUUUUUUACACACACAAAAAAAACCCCAAUAAAAUGAUUGUUGAUAUAUAUAUAUAUAUAUCUUUCUUCUAGUUAUUGAAUUAGAUAGCCUCAAUACUGUGAUUGUAUUCUCUGUGUGUAAGAGGCUACUAGUAAAAUGGAGAAUCCACUACAGUCAGCAUGGUCUUUCUUUGACUCAAGCAAAAAGUGUUAAGACAAGAAAUUUGGUUCCAAAUUAUAAAAAUUUAUGACGUAUUAAGUGUGUGUGCUGAAAAUGGUAGCUGUAACCAUACCAUGAAGCUCCUAAAAAAUCACAAGGAAUAAUAUUAGCAAAUGUAGCCAUGGCCACAAUUAAAUUUUCAUGGCUAACCUUAAGGUUUGAGAAGAUACCCAUAUUUUCUGAAUCAAAAGUCAACUCAUGGCCAGUUUUAUUGGUAAAAUUCCAAAAAUGUGUCACAAUAAUUAUGUUUUAGGAUUACUGGAUAAGAUGGCAAUUUUAACAGUGGUAAUUAUGUACCUGAUUGUAAGUUACCAUUCAUCUAAUUUAGCACUACUAAGAAAAUAAUGGCUACUGGUAUAUUAAAAAUUGAAAUUGAUCAAAUUUAACACAGGAUGUGAUUUGACCUUCAUGAUUACCACCUCACAAGUUUGCAGCCAAAGGAAGGCUUAGUGUCAUGUCAUAUUUAUUUUUUAAAUGAAUGAAUGAGAAGAGAUUUGUUUUUUUUUAUAUAUAACAUAAGUGGAAAUGAAGGGAAGCAAUAUUUUAUUCUACAUUCCAAAUAUUAGACUUUAUUUUAGGAUGUCUGAUUAUUGAAAUGUUUGUUAACCCUAUCUGAAAGAAAGGAUAUAGAUUUAUAAUAAUAGAAGACAAAUAUACAAGCCAAAUCUUUGAAUCUGUUUUGAGCUGUUCAAAUUUAAUACAACUCUAAGAUUAAAUUCAUCAGUUAUUUUUCUCAGCCUUCUACAUUGAAACAUGCAUUUAAAAUUAUCGUAGUGAACUGAUAUUGAUCAGGUCCUCUAAAUUUAAGGCUCUAAGUUCUCUCAUUAAUCCUAUAGCAAAAAAUAUAAAACUAUAACACAACACAGUUCUAUGGAUAACAAUCAAUGUAUUAUAUACACAUACCAUAUCCACACGAUUUCAUUGGUCGUAAAUUUGUAUGCUUUGUGAAAUCUUGUUGAAACGUUGUGUGUAUAUAAUAUAGUGAUUGUUAUCCAUAGAACUAUGUUGUGUAAUAUUAUGUUCAAAUCGCUAAAUGCCAUUUAAAGAUAAUAUAAAACUAUUUUAAUAUUGUGAUUGAGAAAUUGAUGAAGAACACAAGAAUAUCAGUAUUAUUUGUUGAAAAAUUACAUGAUUGUAUUACUAACAAUUUAUUUCACAAAGUACAUUGUAUUGAGUACUUUUUAUCUUAAUUGUUUCACAUUCUCUAAAUUCAUUAUACAAUGAAAGACUUUCUAUAGCUGUUUUCAGAAAAUAUGUCAUUAUGUCACACCACAGAACCUCAAUAAUACAACCAUAGAAUUAUAAUACUAAGGCCAUACAAAAAAUAUAUUCUGGUUCUCACAUAAUCCUGCAUCACUUAAAAAAGGCAGCAUAACAUGUUUUUAUUUCAAAAAAUAGAACAGUCUCAUUAAUUGCUGCAUGUAAAUAUUUUACCCCGGUUACUGGAAAUUAAUCUAUAAAAUAACUUGUAUGAAUGCAUAGGUUCUGAUACAUGUUAAUGACAGUCAUAAAUGCUACUGGAUAAUCAUACAUUUCUAUAAACAAAAUUAUGAGAUAAAUUGCCUUGAAAUUUGAUGUGUAUGGGAAGUCAUUUAACCAAGUAGAGAUUCUUUGAUAAAAUAAAAACACAUAAUAAAGUCCUCCUUCCCACAUAAGAUUUUUGGUAAUGCUAGGUUCCCACUAUCAUGAAGCGUGCUGCGAUUGAAAUCAUGGUUUUAAUCGUGCAGUAAUCGUGGUGAUCCUAUCAGGUCUUAUCAUACUGUAUAUUGAGGUCAUUUGUAGGAAUCAUGUUAAUUGUGUACAUAUCUGCAUGUACCAGAUCGUGGACUCAAUAGGGACAAUCCUAUCGCAAUGCUUUAAGUCGGAACCUAGCAUAAGGAUUGCCUGAGAACAUUUUUUGUAUGGCCUAAUAUUCUAAUUACAUGGUACAACUGAUGACAAAAGAUUACUUCAAGUGAUAUGAAUAUCAAUAGAAGUGGUAACCAUGUUGACCUUUUUACUUAACCUUCGAGGAUCUCAAAGGUACAAAGAUAUGGUGGUCAUAUUUUCUGAAAUUCAUUGAGAAGGGUUGGUGUAAAAUUCUCUGUAAAGCCUUGCACACUCAAGAUUAUGGAUCAAUGAUCUUCCAUGGUUAGGGUAUGGAUCAUCUCUCAAUAACUUGGAGGAUCAAGGGCUUUUAGAGAUUAUUUGAAAUAAACAGAGUAUGAACUAUAUUUUAAAUUUAAGAGGUUGUGAAGGAUUAAACAUGUAUUAAAUGGUGCCAACACUUUCAUUCCAUGUCACAAAAUGAAUUUUAUUACCCCACAACUUCACUCAGCAAAGCAUUUGUUCCACUUUAUAAUUUACUAGUAAUAAACAUUUUUAUAAAUAAAUGCUUUGAAUUAUUCAUAUACUCAAAAACAAGAUACUACACAGUCAAAUUCUUUAAGGCACACAUUUGGGCUCCUGUAAAAUAUGUCUGAACUGUCAAAAUUCUUACAAGAGGAUCCACUUGAUUUUAUUGCAAGUGUUCCCCUCCCUGCCGCCUCUUUUGGCUCAAUUAUUGUGAAUAUUAACCUAUAUAAAUUAAGGAUCUGCAAUCCCUGACCACAGUAGUCAACUAUUAAACCUUUUUUUGUAAAUCUUGAUCACCCAGCCAUUAUAUAUUGACACAUGAGAGAAUAAAUCUUCUUUGUCACCCAACCAUCAGGGGCGGAUCCAGAGGGGGGGUUUGGGGGGUCCAAAAACCCACCCGGCUCAUAUACAUAAAAAAAUUGAAUGCCUUGCAUCAAUGAAAUUAAAUCACAAUGUGUUCCUACAUCAUUACAAAAAUGAUUUCUCUCUUUAAAAAGGUCAAUUUGUAUGUAUGCCUAUGUAAUUUAGAGACGAUGAUGACAGAUUUCCUCAACAGGAACCUGGCAAACCCCCUCCUGCAUAAAUUCCUGGAUCCGCCCCUGCACCAUGUGAACAGUAAAUUAAACCCCAGUGUCUACAUGUAUAUUAAACUUUAUUUAGUGUCAAGCACUAGCCAUGUGUUCUGUUUCAUAAGGAUAAAACAAUCAAAUACCACAUAUUGUUUAUAAGUUAAAGCUAGUUCAAACGGUGAUUGAGGUAAUUAUUCCUACAUAGAGACAAUCUUACUAUAUAUUUGUAAAUUGUUAUCAAUUUUUACUGUUCGGGACAGAAAACU